GAUCCAAGCUUUUCCGACCUGCACACCACAAGCAAACAGAGGUCAGAAGGAACUCCGGUGGGGGUCACCGGACGUUCACUCCGACGCUCGAGUAAGGUAUUGAAGUAGAGGAAGAAGAAGAAGAGAAAAGAGUGGCGCGGUUCGUUAGGUGUGUCAGAGGGAACAUUCCUCACGUACCUGUCAGAAGAUCUUCUGUGGUCCCAGGAUCUGGUACACGAGUGAGCGCUUCUGGGCAGGACCUCGGAGCCCGGUCAAGCCUUGAAGCCCGGGUAACUUGGGAGUCAAGUUAUCAUGGUUCUUGUAUCUGAGAAUGGCUCGGAGCUCGGACCAGAUGGUUCGGUCUUUCGGGUUUAUGAACUCGGAGCUCGGCCUAGGUUUGAGUCGAAUAUGACUCAGAGCCCGGAUAGAAUUCCUGGUCCGACCUUAGCAAGCGUGAUUGUCUCGGAUGAUGUUUGAAUUCCCAUCGAUCCGGUGACCCCCCAAGUCAUGUGCUCUAUGAUUUCAAGAAGGUCGGACAUUGUUACCAGGUCGGUGAAAUGCUUGACUUAGUGAUGCUCAUUCCUGGCGAGGUUGCUUCGCCCCUACUAGAUGUGCUACGUUAUCACUAGUCCCCCCUCAGUAUGUCGGAUAUUUAUGUCCGAGCUGGUGGUGUGUACCGAGGUCGCAGGUCACGUGAUUAUCUUAUGGUCAACAACUUCUGACACCGAGCCGUAUGCCAGAGGAAGUAGCUGGAGGGAUACAGUGAUGUGAAAGGACCUGUCCUUUCGAGUUGUUGUGCCUGACAGCUGUUUGGGUGGGUGUCUCUGAUGACGGUUGUGAUUCUACUUAAGUAGGAGCCACGUGCCAAGCAGUUACUGCUGGUGCGGUUUUCUAGGAGUUACCCUUAGUGGGAAGAAAGAGAAAAUUUAAGAGGUGCCUUUUCGUUUUCCCUCUCUUUUCUUCCGUUAUAAAUUUCAUAUUUCAAAACUUAUCAACUUUUCGUUUCCUUUCUCAGUUUCUCUAUUUCUCUCUGCUCUUGAAAAAGAAAAAACCUGUGUUCUUCGUCUUUCUCAAAAGCUUUCUUCGCUAUCUGCUAUUUUGGGGGAUUAUCUGUCCACUGUUCCUGAGGUUUCCAGAUUUUGCUGUUUGAUCGUGAUUUGUGCUUCCGGUUGCCGUGUUUGCUUUCUUCCCAGGAUUUGCUGCGUUUUCUACAAGUGAGUAUUUCUUAAUCUUCGUUUUAGUUCUUUGUUUUUCCAGUUUUCGAAUACGUGAAUUUCAUUUGCUAUAUGUUUAUUUCCUGAACUGUUGUUUUGUUUACGAAGGUUUUGCCUUGUUUUAUUUAGAUGUUCUGUUCUCAGUUUUUAGAUUAUAUUGUGUUCUCUGGAUUCUGUGUUUUCUGAUUUGAGUCAAUGUUUGCCUGCCUCUGUUUCAUGAUUUCACUGUGCUUGAGUUUGAAAUGUCUGAGUAGGUUUCUAGAAUUUCGAUUUUGUGUGUGACGUUGUUGCUCUGGUAAAAAUCUGGGAGAUGAAUUUCCAGAAAACUGGGGAUUCAGCAUGGUGUUCUUAGUGUUCUGAUGAUUUCACCCCUUAGGAGUCUCUUGUUGAUUCAUACUGUCGGUGUUUCGUUAUUUUUUGUUGUUUUUUGGAAACUUGUCUCAUCCGAGCUUGUUUCUUUGUCCUUAGGCAUGUCGGGUGAAUCAUCAGAACGUGAGGAGGGGAGGGGUUACGACGAUGAUGAUCAAGGGACGGCUGAGGCCUCUGUUGAGUUUCAUGUCGUUCGUUCUAGCCGAGCUAACUUCUCGGAGGCGGAGGAGGUGGGGACCUCGCAACCGCGAGUUUCGAAGAAAGCAAAGGGAAAGGAUAAAACCGCGGAUGUCGGUGGUCGACCGGAUGAUCGGGAUAUUAAAGUGUCUCGGUGUACCGUUGGUUUUUUGGACGCAGUGCGCGUAGCUUUCAGUAUCCCGGAGGAGUACGAGCUCUCCGUUAUUCCCGAGGGUCAGAGAUUGAACAACACUCCUCCGGCGAAUACGAUCAUGUUGACUCUGGAGCACUUGCAGUCAGGGAUAAGGUUUCCUCUGUCCGAGGAGUACCAGCGGUUGAGCGCCUAUUUCAAAGUUCCUUUGUCUCAGAUCCACCCCAACGGAGUUCGGCAUUACUCGUGCUUUCUGAAGCUCUGUCGGCGGACUGGGGUCGUGGAUUCCAUGAGGUUAUUCUGCUGUUUGUAUCUGUUGUCUUUGAAGGACCAGAACCAUUUUGCGUAUAUUAGGUUCCGGGGUGAGAGGAAAGAUGUGCCUGGGGGUUUGUUUACUGGGAUAACCGACUCUCUAAGGGAUUUCAAAGAGGACUAUUUCCGAGUUACUCAUCCGACCGCCUUUCGGGGGAUGAUCAGCACCUGGAGCUCGGAUUGUCAUAAACCGGAUAAAUGGUUUCAUACCCCCAGCCCUUUCGAGUCGGCUGACAUAGCUAAGCUUCGGGAUGCCAUGCCCGAUGGGAAAAAGGCUCACGCCGAUGUUCUUUGCCCAAAAGUCAUUUUUGACUUUUGGAAGUCUUCAAUGCCUGCUGGUAGAUCCUUGUACAUUUAUGUGUUUUUGUUUCGUGAUUGUUUUGUUGUUGUUGUCCCCUCUUUUUUUUAUUUGUCACGACUUGCUCGACUUGCUCUUAUCUUCUGUUUUAUCCGUACUGACCUUGGUCCUAUGUUUCUUUCAGUGAACAGUAUUGAUGUAUCCCGGCUUGCUGGCAAAAAACGCAAAAGACCAGCAAACCGAGCUCCUGCUCCGGCGCCGGCUCCUAUGGCCCGAGCUGCCGCAACUGCAGCCACUCCAGAGGCUUCCGGGGUGCCGAGGCCCGAGGUCCCUGAGAAUGCUGCCCCCGCGGUGGGUGUGAGCCCCGUGCCUCUUCGGGUUCAGCUGCCGGGCGGGAUAGAGGUCCCUGUUUCCGCCGAGCCCGUGGGGACUAUCCCUUUCAUAAACUUGGACUCAACCGGGACUGUAGAUGGUCCAGUUCAAAAAGAAGCUGCUCCCCGAGGAGAUGUUCCUAAGGAUGCUGGCCCGAGCUCUAAGGGUCCCCGAGCACCUUUGGCGGAUCUGCCGCCUGUUUCUUCGGACUCAAGCACGGCGGCUUCGGGUCCCCAGACAAUAACUCGGGCAAGCUUUGCCGAGUGGGUAAGUCGCCAUAAUGAUGGUGCCCGGGCAACCUUGAACGAGCUUCCGAUUGCCGGAGACGUUGCUCGGGUAACCACUUUACCCAUCGACUUAGCCCAUUAUAAAACUCACCGGCCUGAGAAUUUGCUGGCAGUUGUCUCCUCGCUCUGUCUCCAGGCGGCUCAAGUAUCUUACUUGGCGGACCAGAAUGCCAAUAAGAACGAGGUUGAUCUAUUGCUGGCCAAGAACCUUCUUCUGUCCGAGCAAGCGAAGGUUCGAAGUGCUGAGAAACGUGCUGCUGAUGCCGAGAAGAAGGCCUCCGAUGGGGCCGCCUUGGUAGCUAAGCUGGAAUUGCAACUGAAGAAUUCCGAGGAUCGAAGGUCGGAGGACUUGGAGAUGCUCGGAAAGCUGAGAAAUGACGUCAGUCGUCUGGAGACUGAGAAAGCUGCUGAGAAAGAGGAUUUCUCGAAGCAACUCGCCGACGUCACUCGUCGAAAUGAGCUGGCUUCCCAGGGGCUCCGGAGUUCGGUGGAGGAUCUGAAGAAAAAGCUGGCCGAGGCCGUGGCGCGAGCUGAUAAAGCCGAAGUCCAAGUCGCAGAGGGCGCCACCCGGGAGGAGAAUUUGUACGAGGACUUUCGGAAGAUGCUGUAUGUGGGCGAGGUCCAAGUUGGUGAGUUCAUAAGAGGUCGGUUUGGAGCUGAUGUCGACGUCUCAGAUUUUAAGCUGGACGUGGUUGACUUGCACCGCCGUGCCAAAGAGCUGCCCGAAGAUUACGAUAUACCGGCAGAUAUUGAAGAUUAUCUGGCCGAUGAUCAGGGCGAGGGCCCAAACUGAGGCAAUUUGUUUUUGUAAUUGUUGAACAAUUUAGUUUUUUGUUUUAUAGUUUUGAACAAUUUUCCUUGUCUUUGUAAAUUUUUUGGGAUGUUUGAGCUUUGAGCUCUUUUGCUAGUUUGAAUAUUUCCUUUCGUA